GAUUAACAUCAAAAUACAUCUGUUUUUCAGAAGGAUUUUUCUGCUUGAUUCUAGGCAAGAACUUUAUUUUAUUUUUCAAGAAAGAAAACACGAUGGAAAACAUCAUUAUCAUAUCAACGGUAACAAUCAUGGGGGUCGCAGUCGCCACCGCAGUUGUAUUCGCAGUAUAUAUCUGCUGUAAAAUCAAAAGGAAAGCGAACGAGAACCAUCGAAAAAGGAUAUCCGACGGCAUUUCUGAUUCAACUGACCCCCUCGUUAAUUCAAAAGAUUCCCUGCAUUACAAAAUCAGUGACGUCAGCUACCAAAAAAGUGACGUCAGCGAAUAUGCCACGCCAUCGGACGUUCCGGAUAACUGGCCGAGUAUUGCCCGUUCCCGUCCGUCUGUUAUGAAGGGCGAAUACGACACCCUUUCCAAUUCCAAAGCGACGAAGAAAUCCAAUAGCCGAGUGGCGUUGGUGCACGCUUACAGUCACGUGUCAAUCGUCCAAGCCAAUGAGAUAAGCGAAAAUGAUUCAAAGAUUGAAAACGAAUAUGACGUGUCGACCUUGAAUAGGCAACCUUCCGUGACCAUUUUAGACCAAAACGCUUACAGUCACGUGGCAAUAGUUCCAACCAAUCAGAAACUUGAGAGGGAUUCAAAUAUUGGAAAUAUAUACAACGUGUCGACCUCAAAUAUGCAACCAUCCGUGACCAUUUUAAACCAAAACGCUUACAGUCACGUGGCAAUAGCUCCAACCAAUCAGAACCUUGAGAGAGAUUCAAUUAAUGGAAACACAUACGCAGUGUCGACCUUAAAUAGGCAACCUUCUAUGACAAUUUUAGACCAAAACGCCUACAGUCGCGUGGCAAUAGUUCGAACCAAUCAGAUGCUUGUGAGAGGUUCAAACAUGGAAAACACAUAUAAUGUGUCGACCUUGAAUAUUCAACCUUCCGUGACCAUUUUAGACCAAAACGCGUACAGUCGCCUUGCAAUAGUUCCCACUAAUCAGAAACCUGAGAGAGAUUCAAACGUGGAGAACACAUAUGACGUGUCGACCCUGAAUAGGCAACCAUCCGUGUCCAUUGUAGACCAACACGAUUACAGUCACGUGGCAAUCGUUUCAGCCAAUCAGAAACGCGAGAGUGAUACAAAUAUGGAAAACGCACAUGGCAGGUCGACCCAAACUACCGUGACAAUAUCACAUCAGGAUGCCAGCGGGAAUGUAUACGGUCGUCUUUGGGAAUAACAAGCAUAACAUAUGUUGUAGAAAUGACUGAUAUUUAUUAUAGUUUUGUGCUGUUGUUUGUCCAUUCCUUUUCAUCUGUGCUUAUGAAAUUAUUAUCAAAUUGUUUGAAAUUAAACAAUACAGCGGUG